AUGAACGGUUGCGAUGGUCUUUGCUUAGAGUUGGGACUAGAUAUGGCGCUCCAUUGGUCCGAGACCAUGUCAUUGUGUUUUAACAUCGGUCGGAACGCGCUACAGGAAGGUUACCAACGAUUUUUUAAUGCCAGUAAAAGUUCAGGAUCUAGUUUGGUUACGAGCUGCGCUGCAGCUGGUGGUAGGGUGCGCAAAGAAGGAGGCGGAGCGCGUGAGAGGAAUAUUCUCUUUCAACCAGCUGCCACAGCAGGCGACACUCCGGGCGUCGGGGUCGAGCAGGUGUGGCAAGAGGGAGGAUGGUUCCCUCACGCGCUAUACCUCCUUCUUUGCCAGCAUACUGCUUCGAAGAAAGAGAAGGAUCGCUUCGCGCCAUGGCCUCGGCUAAGACCAGUCGCGAGAGGUCGCGUCGCGGAUCACUUCGCUAGGGACAUGGUGGCACUCAGACUCAACACCUACAGUGAAUACUCCUACCGUUAUUCGGGACAUGAAAGCACAUUGGCUCGGAGCUUCGGACUUGUGGAGCGCCGUGCGCCACCUGUAGUCCCAGCUGUAGCCCCUUUGUAA